AAUUGAAUUCGAGCCCACCGACUAUAAAUUUUUCCUUGGUUUUAUCAAUUCUUCACUUGAAUUCGACUCUAUUGUGCCAUUUCUCUCCCUAUAAUUCUUGGAAUUUGUAGUCGAAUUCGUGGAACUGAUCCUUUGUGUAUUGUAAUCUUUAAUCUUUGAAUUAGGUCUUUCUCUCUAAGAAGAUGGUAAACAAGAAACGGCUUUCUUCUAAAGAUGAUUUCAGCGACACCUAUACAUGUGACUUAGAAUUCCGAAUCACCAACUCCAACGGCUUCCUUCCUCCUGACUCGCCGGAGAAAUUGGACUCCAGCCACGCUGCUUUCGAUGCCGCCGAACAAACACCAAGCAUGUUAAUGAAGAGUAGAAAGAAACGCAAGGUUCGGGCUUUCGUGGAACAGGAGGUGGUGACAAACGUUGAACCCGAGAACGAUGAUGGAUCAGCAAAAGGCGACUCCUUUGACAAAUUGCCUUCUGAAAAUGUUGACAAAACUAUAGAGAUUGGGACUGGUGGGAAGGAGAGUGAGGUAGUUGAAGCAGUGACAAACGGUGAACCUGAGAAUCAUGAUGGAUCAGCAAAAAAAGGCGACUCUUGUGACGACAAAUUACCCUCUGACAAUGUUGACAAACAUAUGGAGAAUGAGGCUAACGGGAAGGAGAGUGAGGAAGAUGGUGCUGCUGAUGAGCUGUGCGCUUUACAGGACGCGCUUGAGAGGACACUGUUUCAACAUUUAGGUAAGUAUGCACAGAAGCAGAUGCUUGAGAAGUUGAGGAGCCUUAGAGCUAAGGACCGGAAAGAGUUGAGCGGUGAAUGGAAGUCAUUACUUGCUCAGGAGGCGCUACUGAAGAGCAAGAAACAUUCGUUUUCCGCCAAACUCGCAAAUGCAACAUUUCAUAAUUAGGUAGAAGAAACUAGAGCGAAUGGUUUUGUGAUCAGAGCAAUAGUAGUUGGGUGGGUGAAACUUGGUUUUUAGAGCUGCCUAUGAUCCGAUCAUGUAGAAAAGCUAAAAUAUGUGGUGAGGCGUCACAAGUUUUGUUAGAUAUGUUACUAUGUAGUUUCGGCUUUUUGCAGAAUGAACCAUUGCUGUCUGUUUUGCUUACUCUUAAAAAAGUUUACCGUUUAAUUUGGUUAAACCCCUUUUAGUUAAAUAUAGGGUCUUUAAUU